GUCAUCGCUACCAGAGAGGAAGAGGCGAACGAAAGGGUCCACUUUCGUCAAAAUUUGUCCAAGCGGUAAUAAGCAGACCGCCUGCAUUUCCGAUUUUGGGACAACGCCUCCAAUUGUUGGMGCGGAAACAAGACCAUCUCGUCAUUAUUAUUAUACAGUGUAGCUAACGGAAAACUACGGCACGUGGGGGCGGGUUACCGAACAUUCUUUUUGUGUAACACUGAUGGUACAUAAGCAGGUAGUAUGAUAACUUGCAGGUCAAUGUUGCGGUGGGUUACRGGGAGUUUAGGGCAUAUUAGUCUGCAUGUUAAUUACGAGUAGAUCGGGGCAUUUCAUCUUGUGAUAUGUCAGGCAGUUAUUGAAUGAGAUGUCUGAUGCCUACAGUCUAGAUAGCGCACGUCGUAGACUUAAGCUACUUGCAAUACAAUUGUGUUUCAUAAGGAAUUUAGUUGUUGGGAUUGUCUUUAAUUGACUUAGACAUAUCUUAGUCGUGUGUCUUAUCAAUGUCUUGCUCUAUGRUUUGUCAUAAUAUGCAGAAUAACGGUUCUGAAAGACAGGUUCUCUCUCGUCACAUUUAGCGUGUGUGUAAAUUUGAGUGAUAUUAUCUGUUUAGUAAUAGUAGCAUAAUAGCCCAUAGCGUAAUUGAACUUGUUUGGUGGGAGUUAAAGACUACUAGUUUACACGUUAAAAUGGGAGUGGGGUCCGAAAAUGCAGCAUCCACCACCAAACUAUCCAUUCGCCAUGGGGUUUACAAAGAGGAGACGAAUAUCGAUCUGAAAGCACCCUUAAACGUAGAGGGUAUGUUACCAAAGAAAGUGGGGCACAUGACUGCAGAAAGAGCCAUCUGGGGCCGCCGCCUUGAGUUUGUCCUUGCAUCCGUGGGGUACGCGGUUGGACUUGGGAACGUGUGGCGGUUUCCAUACCUCUGCUACAGGAGCGGUGGAGGGGCCUUCCUCAUUCCUUACUUUCUCAUGCUGUUUCUGUGUGGAAUCCCACUGCUCUUCAUGGAGUUUGCCAUUGGGCAGUACACCCGACUGGGACCAGUGCACGCUCUAGCCAAAAUCUGCCCCUUGUUCAAAGGUGUMGGCAUUGCCACAGUCGUGAUCUCCUUUGUGCUCUGCACCUACUACAACGUUCUCAUGAGCUGGGCGCUCUACUACCUCUUCAACUCAUUCCGAGCCCCCUUCCCCUGGCAGUCCUGCAACAACACCUGGAAUGCUGUUGGUAACUGCUCCAUCGGUUUCCCUGGCAACACCACCCACUUGCAUUCGGCCAGUCAGCAAUACUUUGAUCACAGGCUUCUGGAGAUAACCAAUGGUAUUGAGGAGGCAGGAGGKCUACGCUGGGAGCUGUUUGGCAUCCUUAUCCUGGCCUGGGUCAUUGUUUACUUGUGCAUCUUCAAAGGUGUCAAAUCCACUGGCAAGGUUGUUUAUUUCACRGCCACGUUCCCAUACUUCAUGCUGUUUGUCUUGCUCAUCAAUAAUGUCCAGCUUCCUGGAGCCAAGAAUGGGAUGCUUUACUUCCUGAAGCCUAAGUGGAGCAAGCUGCUUGACGUUCAGGUGUGGGUUAACGCUGCAGCCCAGGUAUUCAACUCCAUUGGAAUAGGAUUUGGUACCAUGAUCUCCAUGGCCAGUUACAACAAGUUCAACAAUAACAUCCUCAGGGACACAUUGAUUGUCUCCUUAGCUAACUCGGCCACCAGUAUCCUGGCUGGUUUUGUGAUAUUCUCAGCCAUUGGCUACAUGGCUCAUGUCCACAACCUCCCAUUGGUGUUUGUGGUGUAUCCAGAGGUCUUCUCCACUAUGCCUCUGCCCCAGUUGUGGGCUCCUCUGUUCUUCUUCAUGCUUCUCUGCCUGGGACUGGACAGUCAGUUUGCUAUGGUGGAGGUGGCGGUGACGUCCWUAAUGGACGGCUGUGGCCCCAAGGUGCUGCGUGUCCUGAAGAGGCAGGAGAUCAUCGUUCUGGCUGUCUGUGUUAUCGGCUUUCUUCUAGGCAUUCCUCACAUCACUAAGGGGGGAAUGUACGUGUUCCAGCUGAUGGACCACUACACUGCUGUGGUGUCUCUCAUGUUCCUGGCCUUCUUUGAGGUCCUCGCUGUCUGCUGGGUUUUUGGACUGCGGCGGAUGACCAUCGUGAUCAAGAGGAUGUUGGGAAAGGCUCCCAACAUCUAUUUCCGCUCCUGCUGGAUGUUCUUCUCCCCUGUGCUGGUCCUGUGCAUUCUGAUCUCCAGCAUCGUCCAGUACACGCCCGCUCGCUAUGGGAAGUCCUACACAUACCCUGUCUGGGCAGAGGUGGUGGGCUGGGGAAUCUCCCUGAUCUCCAUCGUGUGGAUCCCCCUGGGAGCCCUGCACGAGAUCUGCAGAAAUAAGGGCACACUGAUGCAGAGGAUAAAAACAGCCAUGACUCCUACAAUAGAGUUGGACCCUGUCAACRAUCUACCAGAGAAGCAGAGAGUGGACAUACCGGAGUCUGUUGUCUUUAUCACUCCUCUGUGAACAGGGACAAAAGCACUGUGUCUAGGUUUGUGAGUCACGGUGACUGUGUGAGUGCUCUAUUAGGAUAGGGAGGUGGGGAGGUUGUUGGGUAGUUUAUGUAAAUAACUUUUUUAAGUAUUUACCCAAAUAUUUAUUCUAUGAAUCACUGAUAACAUGACACCUUACCUAUAGUGAAAUAGACAGGGUAAACAGUCAAGGUAAAACCAUUAGUUAUGGACCUCAAAGAUGUCCUUCAAGUGCCAUGACAUGUCCUUGUUCUGAAGCACUUUAUUGCCUUACAGGUACUGGAUACCCAAGUGCUUACACACACUUUUUUAUACUACAAGCAUUACAGGGUAGCCUACUCUGACACUUACAAACAUAUUAAUAAAAACGAUGAUGUCUGAUUCAUAUAAUUGGACAACGAAAAGGGGAGACACCAAUACAAUAUGACGUCCAUCUAACCUGGAGGAGGAAAUGAUUGUCCAAAAACAAAAAGUGGCGCAGACCCAAUGACAACGACAGUGAAAAUGCACACUCACCUGGGAUAUGGCCGAUGUUCUCCGCUGGUUCCAAUAAGAUGGGCUACAGGUUGGAGGCUAUGCAAUUUAAAACAAUCAACAGCUUUUUUUUAAGAAGCUAUUGAUCCUCUGUGGCCAAAUCAUGCUUUCUGGUGUAGCCUAUUUGAGAGGAUCAAGCUAAUUAGGCUAUAUCAUUUUGGCAAUUUUAAUGAAAUUUACUUUAGGGAWAGCUUAGCUUCCCAUAGCCAAACACAACGUUUUCAUCUGAUUGUCAAACAAUCACUUAACAAAGGCGCUCUUGUAGGCUACACGCGCACGCACGCACAUUCAUCCAAUCCAAACCCCAACAGUGCAACCGCAAUUCGAUGAAUGGAAAGAGACAUCUGUUAUAAAACAUCUAGGUGUAUGGUAAGGACAUUCUGUGAUUGCCAUUAGGCCUACACUUGUAGCCUGAAUUGAUGCAUCCACUGUUGUCCACGCGCGCCUCUGUGUCCGCCACUCAUCUCCGCCUUUUCCGUGUGCGUCUCCGCCACUCAUCUCCGCCUUUACAAAGUGGAGGCUAAGUGUUCUCCUCAAACUACAAUGCAAUUUGGCGCAUAUACCACCCAAUUUCAAGUCCAUUUGCAAAUUGUUCAUGCUGCUGACAUGCAGUAAUGUUAAAUAAUGGUGUAAUAGGCUCACGUUUUACCGCCUUACUUUCACCCCUGAUUAUGAUAUGGUAAAACAUCAUAUUCAUCAUGCCACAAGACUAUGAACUACGGAGAACAACUCGUCCCUCUGGUAAUCUCUUCAACCAGCUCUUCUCCCCGCUGGACCUAACAUAUUGUGUCUCCCAACAUAAAUUGACAAACAAUUUUCACCAAAUGUAAAAACCAAUGUAGCCAAUACACACACAAGCGAUAGCGGCAUAUUUCAUAUCAUCCGACAAAAUGACACACUGAUCAACUCAGCCUUAGACCGAUGAAGCAUCCACAGUUACAACCAAUAGGUGGCCGCUCAAUGCAACAAAUGAUGGCUAGGCAAAUCAGCGAGAAAACAAACCUUUUCCCAGACCYAUUUCAUGGACUAAGGUCCACAUUGAAUCAACAUCUUCACCUUGUGGCCAAGGUUUUUACUCACCGUGAGGUCAGAUGGGGCUCAGGUGAAUAUUGAUCAACAAAGUAAAAAUCUGUUGUUCUGCCCCUGAACAAGGCAGUUAACCCACUGUUCCCCGGUAGGCCAUCAUUGUAAAUAAGAAUUUGUUCUUAAAACUGACUUGCCUAGUUAAAUAAAGGUAAAAAAUAUAUAUGCAAUUAGAUGUAUAGAGGAGAGGUUAACUGUGAGGAGGGAAACCACUGCAGUGCUGCUAUGACAUCCGUUAGUGGGGAGAGUCCAAUGUUCUGACGGUGGGGAGUGGGGAGUUAGUGGGGAGUGUCCAAUGUUCUGACAUCAUUCAUCAGCAGUUUUUACACUUGAAUGGACAUGGAAGUUUUGGGGUUCUGGUUGGAGUUUUCUAUUUUACUUUCUCUGCCACAGUUUGUGCCUCAGUUGUGUGUCUUCGUGUUUGUUACAUCAAUGACAUUGGAUCUCAGCUUUACAAGGAGUGCCUUUUGUCAUUAAAAGAUCCAAUGACAUUAGACUAUGGGACUGAAAAGCUCAAAGAAAUAAAUAUGAUUAGACAUGAUUUAGAUGGUCAAAUGUAUGAAAUAAAUAUUAUUAGACAUGAUUUAGAUGGUCAAAUGUAUGAAAUAAAUAUGAUUCGACAUGAUUUAGAUGGUCAAAUGUAUGAAAUAAAUACAAUGGGCUAUUUUGAGGGGUCACAUAAAUAUGUGACUAAGUGAAGAUACGUUUGCCACCUGCCACAAGUGCCAUGUAUCAAAAAUAUUGAUUUUGGGUUGUCAAUAUUUGAUGAAAAUACCAAAAAUAUAUCAUAGAGAUUAUCACCAACCCAUCUUAAGGAUCAUUAAAAAAUUCACACAAUUAU